AUGGGUGCUAAUAAGAUUUCUGACAUCGAUAUGGAUUCAGAUGGUUCAGGAACAGAAUGUGCAGAAGAAUAUGAUGCAGAUUAUUUAAAACAAGAUAAUUCGAAGAGCUCGAAUGUCUUGAAGUUCUAUCCGUACAUAAAUAAUAAGUUAACAAGAAGUGUGGGUACACUAAACUUAUCAUUGAGUAACGUCAAUUUAUCUAAGGAAGCACAACGUCCAAGUAAUAAAAUUGAAGAAUAUAGUCCGGAACGAACGGAUAAUGAUGUCGACCAAUGUAUAAAUAAAUGGACUCCCUUUAAUGAAAGUUCCGAAAACAUGGAAACGAUUGAAAGUAAUUUUCAACAAAAUAGUAUGCAUACACCAAUUAAAUUGAAACGAACUGUUUCGAAAAGUGAACUGUCGCCUUUUAUUAAUGAACCUGGUUUGUUGAAAAAAUUGAAUUAUAAAAUCAACGACAAAAAUAGACUCUCAUCAUCAAAUCUAUUGAAUACAUGGUCUGUGUCUGAAAACAAAAAUGAACUUCCUGAAGAUAUUGAAAUAGACAUAGAUGUAGAUCUUGAUGUAGAAUCUGAAAGUUUCAACAAUAGUAAAAGUCUCAAAAGAAACACAAAUUCAGCAAGUGUCAACAAAAAUUCAAGUUCAUUCAUAGGAGCAAAACCAGAUCAAGCCAUAUUUAAAUCAGAGAUAGGCUUGAAAUCAAAAUUGCAUGCAGAUAAAGAUCGCAAAAGCCACUUGAAGAAAUUUGAUGUACCAGACACACCAAUGAAGAAAUUCCCUUUACUAGAGAACAAAAAUUUGUCAAAUAUAUCAAAUAUUUCCCAAAAUUCAUUUACAGAUUUAGAUUUCUUUAGAUCCUUUCUCGAUUCUCCGGAGUCAUCCUUAAAAAACAAUAAAGAGAACAUUUCGAAUAGUCAAAUAUUAUCAGCUACGCAGGAAAUUGACAACUCACAGUCGCCAACGCUUAUAAAGAAUACAAGGAUUUUAAUAAAUGGUUCUUCUCCAUUGAAUAGAUAUAAUGAAAACACUAAUGUGAAAGGCAAUGACAAUUAUAACGACAAGGAUAAAGAUACUGAUAAAACUAAUAAAACUGCUAAAACAUUUAAUAUGCAUAAUGAGUUUGGCAAUAAAAAUCAUGGAUACAGUUAUAUAAAUAAUGCAACUACAAAAUUUCAAAAUAAAUAUAAGAAAAUAAAGAAAUCAAGAAAUUCGGUGAUAUUUCAAAAUAACGAAUUAACCAAUAGCAUACAACAAUUUACAGAUGAUCUUUAUGGGCCUGUUGAUAGUUAUUCGAAUACUCCAACUCCACCUUCAUUAGGUUCCAAUUCAGAUCAUCAAACAAAUACUAGGAAAAACUCUAGGGAAUACACCAAUAAUGAGAGCAACAAUAAUAAUAUUGAAAAUUAUAACAAUAACAUAGAAGUAAAUGAAUUAACACCAACUAGCCAUAAAAGAAUGGCCGGUUCAACUGUUAUACGACCUCCACAACAAUAUGAUUUAUAUAAUUCAUCACCAACUUCCAAAUUUACAUCUCCAGUGAGAAAUAGACAUUUGGCAAAUAAAAUUGAUGUAAAUCCUGAUUCCCAUCUUUUCGAGAGGUUUAUAAAUGUAUCUACUAUUGGUGAUGGUCAAUUCUCUAAGGUAUUCCAAGUUACAUUUGCACAAACAAGCAAAAAAUAUGCUGUGAAGUCAAUACAAUUAAAUAAAUACAACUCUUUAAAGCGUAUUUUACAAGAAAUCAAGAUAUUAUCUGAAAUUUCAAACGAUAAGUCAUCAAAUUAUGAGGGUAGAGAACAUAUUUUGAAUUUUAUAAGUUCGUGGAAAUAUUUAAAUUGUUUUUAUAUAAUGACAGAAUAUUGUGAAAAUGGGAACCUUGAUCAAUUCAUACAAGAACAAGUGAUAGCAAAAAAUACAAGAUUAGAAGAUUGGAGAAUUUGGAAAAUUAUAGUCGAACUAUCUUUAGCACUACGCUAUAUUCAUGAGCGUUUCCAUAUUGUUCAUUUAGAUCUAAAGCCAGCUAAUGUUAUGAUCACAUUUGAAGGUAAUUUAAGAUUGGGUGAUUUUGGUAUGGCAACACAUUUACCUUUGGAAGAUAAAAGUUUUGAAAAUGAAGGUGAUGUUGAAUACAUUGCACCAGAAAUAAUAUCUGAUAGCAUUUAUGAUUAUAGAGCAGAUAUUUUCUCUCUUGGUUUACUAAUUGUAGAAAUUGCAGCUAACGUCGUCUUGCCAGAUAAUGGUAACGCGUGGCAUAAACUAAGAUCUGGUGAUUUAUCAGAUGCGGGAAGAUUGAGUUCCACUGAUAUUCAUUCAACUUCAUUAUUCUCGAAUCGAUCAAAAAUUGAUACAACUUCUUCAGAAUUAUCAACAUUUAUGUCAAAAUACACGAAGUCGCAUGAUAAUCAUCUUUUAGCAGAGACUGUUACAUCAAAAAUCCCACCCUGGGUUCCUCAUUUUUUAAUAUAUGGUGAAUCACUGGAAAAAAUUGUUAAAUGGAUGAUUGAACCGAACUAUAAAUUGAGGCCAACUGCAGAUCAGAUAUUACAAACUGAAGAAUGUAUUUAUGUUGAGAUGACAAGAAAAGCAGGAGCAGUCAUACAAGAAGAUGACUAUGGACCAAAACCAAACUUCUUUUAUCAAGAUAAUAAUUAUUGA